UACAAGACUGACUCUAUGAUUUGAACACUCGUAGAAACGGCUGCGUCAGGACAAGACAAGCGCAGACUCAACCACAGCUGAGCCUUUGAACCACUCAAACAGGGCUGCCAGGUGACGAAGGCUAGAAUCUUAUUCAUAAGCAGAACACCAGAAGCUUCACCCUCAUCGUGCACCAUCAUGGCUGCUGCAUUAUUUAUGGUGAUGCUUCUGUCGCUUGCGGGCUUCACUCACAGCUUCAAGCCACUGUCUUCUGAGGGUUCAAAGACCCACCGUGACAUUACGCGGAUUGCAGUGCUGAGAAAGACAGCUGAAGUCUGCCGAGACAUCGCUAUCUCUAAGGGACAGGACUUCAACCUGGUGAUUGAUGACAGCCUGACACCCGGUAUGGUGCAAAGGGCCUGUUCACCAGAUGACUCUACAGUCAAGUUCAUCUUCACCAGUGUCAUUUUCCAAGGCGCCCUUCUGGAUAUGUACAUGAACAAUGCUUUGAUUGACAUUGCGUUCGUUCUAAGUUCUAAGCACCAUUUUGAUGAUGAGACAUUUGCUGAAGGACGGGAUCUGAUCAAAGCAGGUGUGACUGUUGUGAAAACAUUUGUGGAAUUCGACUUCUUUGACCAAGGGAGAGUAAUUCUAGCAGGAACUUUUCACACACUGCAGGACUUCUACAGCCACAGUAACUGGGUUGAGCUGAACAACCGGGCUCCUUACGAAGCCCUGAUCAAACCAAGUAUUCCCCUGACAAAUCUGGCAGGCAUAAACACUCCAACAUGUAGGAACUGCACAGAAGGGAACUGUGAUGACAACAUUCUGCCAGAGAUUAUCACAAAUAACAUUCUCACUUCAGGUUACUUCAACCUCUUGUCCGAAGAAAAACCUUCAGGUAAAUGCAGUCAUGGCGGUUCUGGUGACAAGACACGCAAAAAGGAUCCAGUGGGGGGCAUCAAUAAGGACACUAUUCAUGCAGAUCAUGGCAAAGAUCAUGAUAAAGCAGCUGCUGUGGCUGUGCUUGCCACUAUGGAGCUACUGGAGGAUAUCAGGCUAGCUGUUGGAGUCCCCAAUUUCCUGAGACUGAUGGGGGUCUCCCAGUCCUCUGCACUGUGUUUUGUCAUUGACACCACAGGAAGUAUGGGUGAUGACAUCGCCGAGGUUAAGAGACUCGCUGCUGUUAUCAUUGACAGGAGGAAGGGAACCCCAGCAGAGCCGUUGUCCUACCUAUUGGUUCCUUUCAAUGAUCCAGAUUUUGGACCUGUGACUAAGACAACAGAUUCAGAUGUCUUCAAAAGCAGAGUCAAUAAUUUGGAAGCAUAUGGAGGAGGAGAUUUCCCAGAGAUGGCCAUGUCUGGACUGCAGCUUGCCCUGACGGCGGCACCACCAUACUCUGAAAUCUUUCUCUUCACUGAUGCUACAGCAAAAGAUGCUUACCUGAAAAAUACUAUCAAGGCUCUUAUAGAGACCACAAAGUCUGCGGUAACUUUCUUACUGACAGGUUUCUCCUUCAGGCGCCGGCGUCGCAGUGAUAAUCAAAAUGCGACUGCACAUAUUCUGUCAAGAGCCGGUUCAACAUUGUAUGAGGAAUUGGCCAUAGCGUCUGGAGGGAGCGUCGUUGAGGUCUCCAAGGCAGACAUCUCAAAGGCCACAGCCAUUGUAGAAGACAUAACAGCCACAGCUGUGGUUACAGUUUUUCAGGUAUCGAGGAAUCCCGGGAAACCUGAUAAUUUUACUUUCUUUAUUGAUGCAUCAUUAAUCAACAUGACUGCCUAUAUCACAGAAACAUCUCUGACCUUCAUCCUCAGGAACCCCGAAGGUGUGACUCAGAGUUCCAGUCAGUCCAACGGCCCUCUGGGAUCGUUCUCCAAAGUUGGAAACCUGUAUCGUUUACAGAUCAAUGCUGAGAAUCAGACAGGAUUAUGGGAACUCACCGUUACAUCUAAUAAUCCAUACUCGAUUAAGGUCACAGGUCAAAGUUCAAUCGACUUUGUCUUUAACCUUGUGGAAAAGCAUGGAGGAGCCCAUUCAGACUUUGGCCCAAAAACGGGGCGUCCUCUUACAGGUGGCAACGUCAGCCUGAUGAUAACUGUGACAGACAGCGACACAGUCAAUCUCACCGAUGUCACUCUAGUUGACAUAUCAGGGAAAACUGAGAUCCUGGGUUCAUUACAGGUUUUUGGCAGUGAUUCUUUCCUUGCAACAUUUACUGGUGUCCCAGAUGGGGACAACGUGGUUCGCCUGAAGGGAACUGAGAACUCCACUUCAACACCGAGUCAAUUCCAGAGACAAGCAUCCGCACAGAUCAAGAUGUCCACCAUCUCUGUUACUACGGAAUCCAACAGUGCCAGCAUAGAACCAGGCUCAACCAUCAACAUCAAUUUUACAGUGUCCAUAACCUCUAAUGGUACGGUUGAUGCUAAUGCAACCGAGACAUUCACUGUGACAGCCAACAAUGACCAGCGUUAUCCAUCAACUUCACCCAUAACGCUUACAAUAGCACCAGGUAAUGGAGGUCAAGCAAGUGGCAUUGUGACAUUAACGGCACCAUCCAAUGCUAUGUCAGGAACAGGUGUGACUCUUACUAUUGAAGUUCAAAACUCAGCUGGAAGUGACCUCAACUACGCCGUGCUCCGAUUUUCUGUAAAUGCUAAGGUGACAGAUUUCACAGAACCUAUGUGUGAGGUCAUCAGUGUAUCAGGCAACUGUUCAGUCUCCCCAUCUCUGUGUGGUUCGUCCCAGUGGACAUUCUCUGCCAACUUCACCGAUGGCAUCAAUGGCACUGGCAUCCAGCGUGUCAGCAUCCGCCAAGGGAAUGGAACCCUUAACACCAGCAUGGUCGUAGGAGCAGGAGGUGAGAACAUUACUGUGGUCACCUACAUCGCAUCCUGCUGUUCACCCACUGUGGAGCUGGUUGCUGUGGACGGGGUGGGAAAUGUGGGAACCUGUGUAGGACAAGCUAACGUCACUGUGGACACCACAGCUGCUCCUGUGGACACCACAGCUGCUCCUGUGGACACCACAGCUGCUCCUGCGGUGACGUCUCCUACAUCUACAGUUAGUGCAACAACCAGCGGAGGGAACAAUUUGAACAUAUCCCACUGCCUUUGGAUUGGUGUUGUGAUUUCUCUCAUUUGGAAGUAAAUAUGAUGCCUCUCAGAAUGUACGUAUUUUAUCAUCUCAUUUGAUCUGUGAGGUUGAGUUACCACUUAAAAAGGUUUUUACCUUUUUCUAAUGAAUUAAAUUGUCAUGAAUUAAUGUCUUACUGAAUUAUUGUAAUUUUUUCAUCUUGAUUUAAAUGUUUUCAGCUAUUUUAAGCACUUGGGUUUACUUUAAAAAUGUUUAAGGAUUUAAAGGAUUGAAAGUUUUGUGAGACUGUAAAAUUGACUAUUUUAGUCCUGAAGUGAAAAGAGCACUGUUAGCUGGUUGGGUUGGAAGCAAGAUUAUUGAAAAAUUAAUUAAGUGUGUGAUUAUUUGCAUUUUCAGUUUUUUCCACUUUCUACAUUAAUGACAUCAUCAUUUAUUAUUUGAAUCAUGACUUGUUUUUAGGUACUUUAUGUUGAUUGAAAUGUUUUAAACAACUUCACUUUUGAUUAAAAAAUGGUGUGUUACUUUUUUGUGAAAAAGGACAUAUAAAUAAAUCAGAUUAUUAUUUGCACAAAGCAA